AUGGUCCAUCCCUUACGUUUUUCAGACAAUUACGUUGAUGGACAGAAAAUUAAAGCUGAUGUGCAGUGUUUUGGAAGGGACUGUUAUCCAGCAGUGUUUGCAAUUAACACUAUUCUUAUCAUUGGGGCAACCAUUUCUCUUGUUGCGGGAAAGCGGCUGUACACGCUAAAAGAUCCAUCUGGUAACGUGAUGAUCCGUGUUUUCAAAAUUAUGGGGCACGCAGUUUCAAACAAGGUCAGUGGUUCUGGACCUGCGCAGUGUAACCAUUGGUUGGACAACGCUUCUGAUGAAUAUGAGCACAAAGAAAUCAACGACAUCAAACUUUUACUCCGUGUAUUGAAGAUGUACAUACCUCUGCCUGUGUUUUGGGCCCUUUUCCAUCAACAGGGUUCAAGCUGGACUCUUCAAGCUGAGCAGAUGGACGGCGACUUGGUGAGUUGUUGAACACAGGCAAAGCUUUAAUCUGAUGGCGCAGUGGUGAGAGCGCUCAAUUCCGGCACGGUGCCAUAUGUGGGUUGAGUUUGUUGCUGGCUCUCGCCUUGCUCCGAGGGUUUUCCUCUGGGUACUCCGGGGCUUUCCUCCCUUUACAAAAGCUAACUUCUCCAAGUUCCAAUUCGACCAGGAUAGAGGACCUGCGUCAUCUAAGGUUG